CGGGAAACCUCAGGGCCCCGCGGAGACAGCAGCCGCCUUGUUCCGCAGCUCCGUGGCUUUUUUUUUUUCCUUCCUCCCCACCCCUCCUGCCAGGGGCCAGACAUCCCCGCCCCGCCCCCACGUCCUCCCUCUCUGGGGAAUUCUUUCCGCCGUGGCUCUGAAAGGGUUAACCUUGGAGCUUUCCGCACCCCCCCACCGCUCCCGCCCAAGAUUCCUAAAAAAGAAAGGUGUCGUCUGGUCCGGGAUAGAGAAAUGACUGAUCAAAGCCGGGCGACACUUCCUGUUGCCCGGACGCUCUAUAUAACGUGAUGAGCGCACGGGCUGCACAGACGCACCGCAGCGCUCGCCCUGACGCCGCCGCCUCCCAGCGCUCGGCUUUCCCGGGACCACGAUGAACCAGUGGCUGUGCUGCGCCCUCGUGUUCCUGGACAUCUCUAUUAAAUGGACCACCCAGGAAACCUUUCCUCCAAAGUAUCUUCAUUAUGACCCAGAAACCUCUCAUCAGCUGAUGUGUGACAAAUGUCCUCCUGGCACUUACCUAAAACAGCACUGCACGACGAGGCGGAAGACUGUGUGCACCCCUUGCCCUGACCACUAUUACUCUGACAGAUGGCACACCAGUGACGAGUGUCUUUACUGCAAUACCAUAUGCAAGGAGCUGCAGUAUGUCAAGCAGGAGUGCAAUCGCACCCACAACCGCAUGUGCGAAUGUGAGGAAGGGCGCUACCUCGAGGUAGAGUUCUGCUUGAGGCACAGGAGCUGUCCCCCUGGGUCUGGAGUGGUACAAGCUGGAACCCCGGAGCGAAAUACAGUUUGCAAAAGAUGUCCAGAUGGGUUCUUCUCGAAUGAGACGUCAUCGAAAGCACCCUGCAGAAAACACACAAAUUGCAGUGUGUUUGGUCUCCUGCUAAUUCAAAAAGGAAAUGCGAUACAUGACAAUAUAUGUUCUGGAAACAGUGAAUCAACUCAAAAAUGUGGAAUAGAUGUCACCCUGUGUGAGGAAGCGUUCUUCAGAUUUGCUGUCCCUACAAAGUUUACGCCUAAUUGGCUCAGUGUCCUGGUAGACAAUCUGCCUGGCACCAGAGUAAAUGCAGAGAGUGUAGAGAGGAUAAAACGGCGACACAGCUCUCAAGAGCAAACUUUCCAGCUGCUGAAGUUAUGGAAACAUCAAAAUAAAGACCAAGACACAGUCAAGAAGAUUAUCCAAGAUAUUGACCUCUGUGAAAACACUGUGCAGCGACACCUUGGGCAUGCAAACCUCACCUUUGAGCACCUUCACAGCUUGAUGGAAAGCUUACCGGGGAAGAAAGUGGAAACAGAAGACAUUGAAAAAACGAUGAAGGCAUGCAAAUCAGGUGAGCAGAUCCUGAAGCUGCUCAGCCUGUGGAGAAUGAAAAAUGGUGACCAAGACACCUUGAAGGGCCUGAUGCAUGCUCUAAAGCACCUGAAAACGUACCACUUUCCCAAAACUGUCACUCAGAGUCUGAGGAAGACUGUCAGAUUCCUUCACAGCUUCACAAUGUAUAGAUUGUAUCAGAAGCUAUUUUUAGAAAUGAUAGGGAACCAGUUCCAAUCAGUAAAAAUAAGCUGCUUAUAACCAGAAAUGGUCACUGGGCUGAUUUCUCACAAUGGGCCAGAUCCGACGGAUGACUAAACUGUUUCUCAGGCACUUGAGGGGUACAAUGAUUUCUUUCUCAUCACCAAUGACUGAUUUUGCCACAGUGCACUAAAAGAAACCAUGAUGUGGAGAAAGAACUAACAUCUCCCCCAAAGUUUAAUAAACCCCAAAUAGUUUAUCCAACUGUCAGAUGUGGCCCAGUAUCUACUGACUAUAUUUUCCCUUAUUACUGCUUGCAGUAAUUUAACUGGAAAAAAAAAUCUAGAUUCCAUUGUGCCUUACUAAAUAUGGGAAUGUCUAACUUAAAUAGCUUUAAGAUUUCAGCUGUGCUAUAGGCUUUUAUUAGAAAGCUAUCAUGUUUUAUUUUGUUUUUUUUCUGUAAAAGUUACUAAUAUAUCUGUAACACUAUUACAGUAUUGCUAUUUAUAUUCAUUCAGAUAUAAGAUUUGUAUAUAUUAUCAUCCUAAAGACAAAUGGUGUAAGACUUAAUUUUAGAAAGAAAAAAAUUAUAUUCUGUUUAUUAUUAUAACAAAUGAAAGAGAUAAAAUAUAUUUUUUAAUGGAAAGUUCGUAGCAUUUUCUAAUAGGUACUGCCAUUUUUCCUGUGUGGAGUGUUUUUAUAAUAUAAUUUUAUCUGUAUAAGCUGUAAUAUCAUUUUCUAGAAAAUGCAUUAUUUAGUCAAUUGUUUAAUGUUGAAAAGUGUAUGAAAUAUAAAUUAUCUGAAUAUUAGAUGCUCUGAGAAAUUGAAUGUACCUUAUUUAAAAGAUUUUAUGGUUUUACUAUAUUAACAACAUCAU